AUGUAUAUCUCCUCCCAAAACCUGGUCCUCGCCUUAUCGGCGCUCCCUUCAGCAUUUGGCAAAUCCUUCUCUCACCAUGCCGAAGCUCCUCAGGGCUGGCAGGUUCAGAAAACCGCCAAAGUCGCUUCCAAUACGCAGCACGUCUUCAGUCUUGCACUAACCAUGCAAAACGUGGACCAGCUCGAAUCGAAGCUUCUUGACCUCUCCAGCCCCGACAGCGCCAACUACGGCAACUGGCUGUCCCACGAUGAGCUCACCAGCACUUUCUCUCCUUCCAAGGAGGCUGUUGCUAGUGUAACCAAGUGGCUCAAGUCAAAGGGCAUCAAGCACUACAAGGUCAACGGUGCUUUCAUUGACUUUGCUGCUGAUGUUGAGAAGGCCAACACGCUUCUUGGAGGUGAUUACCAGUACUACACCAAGGAUGGUCAGACUAAGCUGAGAACGCUGUCUUACUCCAUUCCUGAUGAUGUAGCCGAUCACGUUCAGUUCGUUGAUCCUAGCACAAACUUUGGUGGCACCGUUGCCUUCAACCCCGUGCCUCACCCAUCGCGCACUCUCCAAGAGCGCAAGGUCUCCCCCUCCAAGAGCACUGUUGAUGCGUCUUGCCAAACAAGCAUCACCCCUUCUUGUCUCAAGCAGAUGUACAACAUUGGCGACUACACUCCCGAUGCCAAGUCUGGAAGCGAGAUCGGUUUCAGCAGCUUUCUCGGCCAGGCUGCUAUUUACUCCGAUGUCUUCAAGUUUGAGGAGCUGUUUGGCAUUCCUAAGCAGAACUACACCACUAUUUUGAUCAACAAUGGCACUGAUGAUCAGAACACUGCGCAUAAAAACUACGGAGAAGCUAACCUCGAUGCCGAGAACAUUGUUGGAAUUGCUCAUCCUCUUCCUUUCAAGCAGUACAUUACUGGAGGUUCACCACCCUUCGUUCCCAACAUCGAUCAGCCUACCGAGAAGGAUAACCAGAACGAGCCCUAUGUGCCUUUCUUCCGUUACCUCUUGGGCCAGAAGGAUCUCCCUGCUGUCAUCUCCACUUCUUACGGUGAUGAAGAAGACAGCGUCCCUCGUGAGUAUGCUACACUCACCUGCAACAUGAUCGGCCUUCUCGGCCUACGAGGUAUCAGCGUCAUCUUCUCCUCUGGUGACAUCGGUGUCGGUUCCGGUUGCCUUGCUCCUGACUACAAGACCGUCGAGUUCAACGCCAUUUUCCCCGCCACAUGCCCCUACCUCACCUCCGUUGGCGGCACCGUCGAUGUCACCCCCGAGAUCGCCUGGGAGGGAUCUUCCGGUGGUUUCAGCAAGUACUUCCCCCGACCCAGCUACCAGGACAAGGCGAUCAAGAAGUACUUGAAGACUGUCUCCAAGGAGACCAAGAAGUACUACGGUCCUUACACCAACUGGGAGGGCCGAGGUUUCCCUGAUGUCGCUGGACACAGUGUUGCUCCUGACUACGAGGUUAUCUACAAUGGUAAACAGGCUCGAAGUGGAGGCACCAGUGCUGCUGCUCCCGUCUGGGCUGCUAUCGUUGGUCUGUUGAACGAUGCUCGCUUCAAGGCUGGUAAGAAGAGCUUGGGCUGGUUGAACCCUCUUAUCUACAAGCAUGGACCCAAGGUUUUGACUGACAUCACUGGUGGCUAUGCUAUUGGAUGUGAUGGCAACAACACCCAGUCUGGACAACCUGAGCCCGCUGGAUCUGGUCUUGUUCCUGGUGCUCGUUGGAACGCUACAGCUGGAUGGGAUCCUACUACUGGUUACGGAACUCCCAACUUCCAGAAGUUGAAGGACUUGGUCCUCAGCUUCUAA